CCCCAUUUCUUCCUGGCCGUGACAUGCACGCCUUCACAUAGACGACGACCCAUCUCCUCUCCUCUCUUCUUCUCCACACCACCAGACCCCAGCUAUAAAGCAGUACGCACCUCAGUCCGAGGCAUAUGCGUAUCGAGGGAUCGACUCUAUGGUGUUAAGGGCUUGCGCAAUGGAGGGUGCGGCUGCGGCUGCGGCGGGCACUUUCGGCGGCGUGCCGUUCUUCGAGUGGCUGAAACCGAGGCCCUCGUCACCGCCUCCGUCGCCGUUGUCCUCCUCGUCGACGUCGUCCUCGUCCCUCUCAGCGCCGUCGACCGACCGAUCAGUCGGUGAAGGCCGUGAGCGCGAUACCAUGCUGUGCUUGCCGCUUCUUGGUAAGCUCGAGGGGAGGGCGACGACUCCUGAUCGUGGCCGGAACCCUGUCGAAGACGAGCUGAGCAAUAUUUCCACCACCGGCACGCAAGAAGAGGCCGCCGGUGUUGAUCUGAACAUAGGCUUGCCGGAAAGCGGCGGCUAUAGUUCUGAAGAGGCGCCCAUGGAUGAGGAAGAUGAUGAAGAUGAUGAAGAGGAGGAUUAUUUGGAGGGAGAGGAGGAGAAGCCAAGGCAGCAUGAGAAGUGCAAGGCGCAAGCAGGAGAGCAAUUCCAGAGUGAGAUGGUGGAGUCCAUGGAGGGAUCAGACAGCAUACCUGUGACCGGUGAGGAGAACAUAAUCAAAGGCGUCAUCGGCAGCCGCGGCCGGCGGUACUGGAUCCCGACGCCGGCGCAGAUACUCAUCGGCCCGGUGCAGUUCAUCUGCCAUGUUUGCAGCAAGACAUUCAACAGAUACAACAACAUGCAGAUGCACAUGUGGGGCCACGGGCGCGAGUACCGGAAGGGCCCGGGGUCGCUCAAGGGCACGCAGGCGGCGACGCUGGCGCUGCUGAAGCUGCCGUGCUACUGCUGCGCGCCCGGGUGCCGCAGCAACGUGGCGCACCCGCGCGCGCGGCCGCUCAAGGACUUCCGCACGCUGCAGACGCACUACAAGCGCAAGCACGGCGCCAAGCACUUCGGUUGCCGCCGCUGCGGCAAGCCCUUCGCCGUCAAGGGCGACUGGCGCACGCACGAGAAGAACUGCGGCAAGCGCUGGUUCUGCACCUGCGGCUCCGACUUCAAGCACAAGCGCUCCCUCAACGACCACGUCCGGUCCUUCGGCGGCGGCCACUACCCCGUCGCCCCCCACCAUGCGCCGGCCGCCGUGCCGCCGCAGCCCAAGCAGCGCAUCAUACGCUUCGACCAGGCACCAUGGAAUGGAACCCAUGCGUGACACGUUUAACACGUACGUACAUACAGAGUUACAUUGAUUGCACAGGAUGCAUGCGUACUACAUGGAGGCGUACGCACAUACUCGUAGACAAUAAGAUCUUGGAGAGAUUGCCUCGGAGGCUGUGAAGUAGAUGAAUUUUCUUCCGAAGGAGACGAGCUGCAGAGACUGCUAUGGUUAAGCUAUUGUCUCCAGCGCAAUUUGCAAAGGGAGAAAAUUUCUCAGCUUCACAAGCUAAUAUAAAUUUUGGCAGCCAUAUGUCAAAAUAUCAUGCAUGACUUAAUUUUAUGAAAUUAAGUGCACGUGCUAAUUUGUUGUUAACAUCCGAUGGAUCGAUCAUUGCAUGGUGUAACUCAUUUGCAAAUUAUCAUGUAUUUAUCUUUAUUUUACAUGGAACGUAUAUUACUCAUGCAGCUUAAUUUAUCAUCCAUUUCUUCCACGUGGUUAUCU